UUUUGAAACAGAGAUGAGGAAUUAUAAGUUCAGAUUGUCAGCUAUGAUCCCAAGUCGCUGGUUCCACAAGCUCAAAAACAUGACCAGGCCUAGAAAUAAACAUCCUCUUCCUUCUUACUCCUUAAACACUACCAAGAAGAGAAAACCUUCCUCUGAGUCAAAGUCUCUUCCUCACUCUUCAACCUCUUACUUCUCCAAUAGGUCACACACUUCCUUUGAAUCUAAGAUCCUUCAAAUUUCACCAAGAAACUCUCCUCACAAGAUACAGAGCAAAAGAAAGACUGUUUACAAGCCUUCUCCUCCUUCCACUUCUUCUGUGUCUGCAGGUUUUAACAAAAAGAAGAUCAAAUUUCAUCGAAACCAAGAUUCUUUCUCUGAAGAUGAUGUCAUCAUCGACAUGAAUAACAGAGAUUUCAAGAAGAAAAUGUUCAAAGAGAUCAAUAAGUUUGAUUCAACGGAGAAAGCAUGUCCUGCAAGUAACCGAACCAAGGAAACACUUAUAACUCAUCAUCUAUCUGUGAAGGUCAAUAAAGAGAAAGAAGAUGAAGAAGAGGAAGAUGCAUGUAGAAUCCAGAAGAAACAUCAGAAAACAUUAGUUUCCGGUGGAAGAAGAUCAUCAGAUAAAUCUACAAGGAUAAAACUCAGAGUGAGUUCUCCUAGAAUUCAAGUCUCACCUCGUAGAAGCAAAUCGAGAUCACAGAACAAACAAGUUCUUGACAGUUUUGCAGUAAUCAAGAGUUCUCUUGAUCCAAAGAAGGAUUUCAGAGAAUCAAUGGUGGAGAUGAUAGCAGAGAGCAACAUCAGAACCUCUAAAGACAUGGAGGAUCUUCUAGCAUGUUACCUUACCUUGAAUGCCAAGGAGUAUCAUAAUCUUAUCAUCAAGGUUUUCGUUCAAGUCUGGCUUGAAGUUAUAAACUAUGAUCAAAAGCUUUAAAUCUCUGGUAAAUUGUACUUCUUUUAAAGAGUUUGAUGUAGCUGUGGAGAUUUUCUUUGCAAGACCAGUUUUGUGUUUUGUCUGUCUAACGUGAUAAAGACAGAUGGAGCACUCGCUUUGUUUUGUAUUUGGUUAUGAUUUGUGGAGAUAAUAAAACAUACUUAUUCAGCAAUUGAGCAUUAUAAAAACCAUACUUUUCUGGCGUGAGAUAUCCAAAUCAUAGCUACAAAACCCUAAACAUUUAUGUGAUAUAUUUCGAAACAAUAUAGAAAAUAUUUAUACAAGUUCGAAGAGUUUUCUAUUCUAGUUUCAUGUAGUGAUAAUCAGAAGAAGUCUUUUAAUUUUGAUGUAGGUAAAUGAUGCGUUUCUUCAUUUUCAGUUAAGCGAUUAACAAUAGCUUGAGGAUCGAAAUAAAUCAAAGGCUCAGCAAUAAUUGUAGAUUUGUAGUAAGAUUAAACUUUGGAUUAGGAUUUGAUCGAGUUUAGUCAUAGUAACGACUUAGGUUACAAGAGCGAAAAGGUCAAAUCACACAAUAGCCCAAGAAAAGAAAAAAAGAGUCAACAAAAGGCCAAAAGUGUAGUGACAAGAAGCCACACGGAGACAAGUCAGAAACCCAUCAAGUACGGAGUAGAAAUGGGUUCCAGUCCUAAUGAAUAAUGAAGCAGGAAACAUGAAAAUGGAGCCUGAAGAACAUAAAUCGCUAGAGAGAGAAAGAAACACUGACACAGAAGAGUAUAUGAUUAAAGAGGAAAAGCAGAGAGAGAGUUUUAAGAACCUAAAGACUCUUUGUUGUUGUGAUGAAGAAGAAGAUGAGGACCACUGUUUUGCUGCUGUUUCCCAAUGCCCAUCUCCUUACCUCUACCAUCCAUUUAUACUGUUAGUACUUAGUACGGUAUGGACAGACAUUUCUUGGGAAUUGAUCAGCCACUAUUCCGUACCAAUUCACCCUAAUUUCAUUAA